AUGAGGGUUACUCAGAUCAUGGCUCAGAUUUCUGGUGUCCGGGGCUGGGCGCUCAGUCCCAUGGAGGUUAAGAUUGGCACUGAGGCUGGCCAGCAGAAGGUGAGGGCCUGGGGUCCUGGACUGGAAGGAGGCGUUGUUGGUAAAUCUGCUGACUUUGUGGUGGAGGCUGUUGGACCCAAUGUUGGUUUCUCUCAGACCAAGAUUGAAUGUGAUGACAAGGGUGAUGGAUGGUGUGACAUGCGCUGCUGGCCCACAGAAGCAGUUCCAGCCACCAAGUUGAACACCAUCACCAAAUCCAACCUGGGUCAGUGUGUCAGCAAGUACGACCUGCUGGUCUGGUUUGAGAUCAGCGAGCUGGAGCCCACUGGAGAGUACAUCCCAGCCAUCGUGGAUCACAGUGGAGGCCUGCCCUGCCAUGGUACCUACCUGCUGCACCAGGGGAUCCAGCGGAGGAUCACAGUGACCCUCAUCCACGAGAAGGGCAGCGAGCUCCAUUGGAAAGAUGUUCAUGAGCUGGUUGACUUUGAGGCAGUGUGGGACAGCUCCCUGCACAACUCCCUCCUGCUCAACCGCGUCACUCCCUAUGGAGAGAAGAUCUACAUGACCUCAUCUGCGUAUCUGGAGGUCAGCCGCUGCUCCGCCGUGUUGUACCUGUUUGUACGUGUUUUUAAGUCUCUUGAUGUCAUCGUGUCUAACACACACCCUUUAUCUCCUCACUGCAGCUGGACCAUUGCAUCCAGCCUGCCAUUAUCACCAAAGACCUCUGCACGGUCUUUUACUCCCGAGACGCCGAGAUUUCCCCCACCCCGUUCUCUCAAGAACCUCUUUGGGACUGGAUACUCCAAAACGCCUGACUGGACCCCUGAGAACAGCUCACGUGCCUCCAGUCCCUCCUGCUCAGACUAUGAAAACUUCCCGAUGGUUCCCACUCUGGAGACCUCCUACCUUGCGCGGGCUGCAAAGAACGAGUUCCUGAACUUGGUGCCUGAUAUUGAAGAAAUGCGACCAGGAUCUGUUGUGUCCAAGAAGGGUCUUCUAAGCUUCGUGGAGCCUCGCUCUAACUCAUGGGGGAAGCAUUUUGUGGUUGUUCGCCGGCCCUACGUCUUCAUCUACAACAGCGACCAGGACCCCGUGGAGCGAGGCGUCCUCAACUUCUCCACAGCACAGGUGGAAUACAGUGAAGACCAGCAGGCCAUGCUUAAGACGCCCAACACAUUUGCAGUGUGCACAAAACAUGGAGGCAUCCUCCUGCAGGCCAACAACGAGAAAGACCUGAACGACUGGCUGUACGCUUUUAAUCCUCUGUUAGCAGGAACGAUAAGAUCUAAGCUGGCGAGGCGGCGCAGCGGCCUGACGAAGAACUGA